AUGUUCUAUCAAUUAAAUGGUGAUAUACCUUAUCUUCUGGAGGUUCCCGUUGAUCGAAAUCUAUUUAGAUCCCUAUCACAGUUCUGGAAUCCCGCUUAUAGUUGCUUUACGUUUGGUAAAGUGGAUCUGAUGCCGACAAUAGAGGAGUAUCAAGCUUUGAUCCGAUGUCCGAGAGCCCAAGUGCAUAGAGUCCAUACCAAGCCCCCAUUCACUCCUUCGUUCAAAAAGAAAUUGAUAUCGAUAACUGGAAUGAGUGAGGAUUGGGUUGUUAAAAAUAUUAAGAAGAAAGGAGACAGUGAAUGCUUUCCUUGGUCCGCCCUGAAGGAAAUAAUCAAUUGUCACCCUGAUCAGAGGAAGAAGCUUGACAUGCUUGCUUUAGGAAUUUAUGGGCUCGUUAUCUUCCCAAAGGUGCUAGGAUAUGUAGACAUAUCAGUUGUUGACCUUUUCGAAAGAUUAGACAAGAAUGUGGAUCAUGUCCCCGCCAUCUUAGCAGAUAUGUUUCGUUCUUUGAGUUCUUGCAGGCGAGAAGGAGGAGGACGCUUUAUAGGAUGUGCACCCCUACUGCUAGUAUGGAUCCUCAGUCAUUUCAAGCAUGGAGGUUUUACCGAAGAAAAAUGGAUGGUUAUCUUUAAAGAUAUCAGAGACGGUGAUGUUUUAUGGCGAACUUCUUGGAAAGUCACUUCAAGCAUACUUUACAAAUGUGGAGAGCGGGAUUGGGUCCCUUUGCCAGGUAUAUGGGGCUCUGUUGGAUAUGCACCUUUGCUAGUUUCCAGACAAUAUGGGUCAAUACAGUUCAUUCCAGUUACACGGGACUUGUCAGGAUCAGAUUUUGCGUUCAAGGGAGAUCAAUACAAGAGCAAAGUCAAAGGGGUUGUUGAAGCCUGGAAGUAG